AUGAGCAAUACAGGGGUAGUUGGUUCCGCGUCGCUGACUCCAGGGAUGCACUUUCCCCAUUUCAGGGAUGCUCUACUCGGAGAUAAGCCACGCGUCCAACCUCUUGGAGGCACGCGCGCAAGGGACCAUUUUACGACGAGAAUGGCGACCACCGGCGCCCGCGGCGACGUUGUUCGCGGCGCGGCGAGGCAGAACCUCCAUCACCAUCUCUCGCUCCUCUUCGCGUUCAUUCUCGUCUUCUCCUCGUCCCACCAUCUCUCCGCAAAAUUCGCUGACGCGGCUGCCCUGCCUGAGCUCUCGUCCUACUCCAGCAUGGCGCUGCUAGAUCCGCGCUUCGAGCUCUAUUGGAGCACCAACACGAGCGACGCGACCAUUCACAUGGCGGCGCGGGCGCAGACGGCGGGAUGGCUCGCAAUUGGCCUUUCCGAAUCCGGCGGAAUGUUCGGCUCUGAUGUGGUGGUGGCGUGGGUGGCGGAGCGCGAGGGGCGUGUGUACGCGACGGACCGCUUCGUCUUCAACAAGACUGGGGAAGGCGUCGCGUUGGACGAGCAGCAGGACUGGCGUGUGCUGGGCGGCAGCCAGACCACCGACCAAUCCACGGGCGACACGUGGACCACCGUGCACGUGUGGCGCCAGCUGGACACUGGCGACUGCAACGACCGCCCCAUCACAGCUGGCGCGCUCUCAUUCGUCAUCUGGGCCAUGGGCACGACUGACGAGCUCGCCUAUCACAGCGCGACACGUGGCGCCACCUCGCUCGUCCUGCUGCCCGCGCCUGGCCCCUCCAUCCUCGACCCUACCACCCCUCCCACCACCACCACCCAAUCCGCUGAUGCCAGCUGGCCCGCCAUCACGUCAGCAGGCAAGCUCGCUGCGUACGCCCAGGGGCAGGCGAACGGGCAGAAGAACGGGCAGGCGAAGGGGCAAGGCAUGGCGAUGGGCGGUGAUGGGCGGUUCAAUCUGACGAUGGUGAACCACCGCGUUUCUACCAACUACACUACCUACAUGUGCAAGGUGCGUCGACUUCUGAGGCGCCUCAAAAACCACCGACACUCUGUGUGCCCACCGACACUCUGUGUGCCCACCGUGUUUCCACCUACAUGUGCAAGGUGCGUCCCUCCCUCCCUCAGGCCCUCACCCCACUUCUCCCUCUUCUCCCUCUUCUCCCUCUCUUCACUCUCCUCCCUCCCCUCCCCCCUCUCAUGCUCCUCCCACUUCCCCCUCCUCUCGUCCCCCUCCUCUUGCUCCCCUCUCAUCUCCUGCCUUGCUUCCCUCUCAUCUCCUGCCUUGCUUCCCUCUCAUCUCCUGCCUUGCUUCCCUCUCAUCUCCUGCCUUGCUUCCCUCUCAUCUCCUGCCUUGCUCCCCUCUCAUCUCCUGCCUUGCUUCCCUCUCAUCUCCUGCCUUGUUUCCCUCUCAUCUCCUGCCUUGCUUCCCUCUCAUCUCCUGCCUUGCUUCCCUCUCAUCUCCUGCCUUGCUCCCCUCUCAUCUCCUGCCUUGCUUCCCUCUCAUCUCCUGCCUUGUUUCCCUCUCAUCUCCUGCCUUGCUUCCCUCUCAUCUCCUGCCUUGCUUCCCUCUCAUCUCCUGCCUUGCUUCCCUCUCAUCUCCUGCCUUGCUUCCCUCUCAUCUCCUGCCUUGCUUCCCUCUCAUCUCCUGCCUUGCUUGUCGUGA